GCGGAAGCUCACCAGCGAGCUGUCCCAAACGGCAAACUCUGGGUUGUGGCAGACCCGUCCAUGCGUGAGCACCCCACCUUCCUUCGACUCGUCGAGGAGCUUGGGGCUGAGGUGUUCAAGGGCAUGGACCAGGUCCCCAGUGCCGCUUGGCUUGGGGAUUUCGUUUGGCUCCGCUCUGCUACGCAGAUCGCCAUCUCUCCCAGUACCUUUGCGUGGUGGGCUGCGUUUCUCAGUGAGGCCACCACUGUCUAUGUGCCUCUCCUACCGGGCCAGGUGCCCAUGCCCUGGUGUCCGCUUUUUCCAGAGAUUCUACGACUUCUGGAGUAA